CACGCACGCGUCGUUGAACACUCAUCAUGCCUAAGAAGCGACGCGCCAAUGGCCGCAACAAGCCCGCCAAUGCGCGCGGACACGUCAAGCGCGUGUUCUGCGAAGCGUCCGGCUCGAUGGUGCCCAAGGACAAGGCCGUGAAGCGGUUCCUCGUCAGGAACAUCGUCGAGUCCGCGGCCAUCCGCGAUCUUCAGGAGUCCUGCGUCUUCGACUCGUACACGCUUCCCAAGCUCUACCGCAAGGUGUACUACUGCAUCUCCGCGGCGAUCCACAGCAAGGUCGUCCGCGUGCGCUCCGUGGAGGCGCGCCGCAUUCGCGAGCCGCCCAAGCGCAUGCGCCCCCAGGACAAGACCAAGAAGGACGAGAAGAAGGCCUAAGCGGGGUGGAUUGGAAAUGGCGAUGGCUUCGCGCGCGUCGGGACGACGCGCGCGGGCGCGUGGGUGGGGUCGCGCGAUCGGUAGGUGGCGUCGCGCGGGGGCAACGCCUCCGCGCAGACGCGCCGGGUCGCGCGGCCUGGGUUCGGUCUAGCGUGUAAUCAAACUAGCACGGAUCGUUGACG